UAUAUAAACUCUGCUGCAUGACCAAUUGUAUGUGUCGGAUUCAAUCGAAGUACAAUGAAAACGUUACUCUGCAUCGUCGUCAUUGCUUGCGUAUGCGCGGCAUACGCAUCGGCUGAUCCAGAGCUUAGCGCAAAAGUUAGUGUCGUGUACAGACGCAAUGCGCAGUUGGGCGGAGGAGUUGGUGGCGGUGGCGGUAUCGGACGCAAUGCGCAGUUGGGCGGAGGAGUUGGUGGCGGUGGCGGUAUCGGACGCAACGCGCAGUUGGGCGGAGGAGUUGGUGGAGGUGGCGGUAUCGGACGCAACGCGCAGUUGGGCGGAGGAGUUGGUGGCGGUGGCGGUAUCGGACGCAAUGCGCAGUUGGGUGGAGGAGUUGGUGGCGGUGGCGGUAUCGGACGGAAUGCGCAGUUGGGCGGAGGAGUUGGUGGCGGUGGCGGUAUCGGAAGUGGGUAAAGGUAUUUGAAUUGGCUCAAUCUUUAAAAUCAAGAGUGUUAAAGCCUAAUUACAAAAAAAUGCCGCAGCAAAUGUAAGCCUUUCAUUUUCGAUUAAAAUAAAACUUUGUCAAAUAAUACAUUGAAAUAAUAUAUCUUGUUGUGAAAUAAAAUUGUUAUAAUUCAAUCAUUA